CAGCCAAUGGGAGCGCGGCUUCCAUGGGGCUUGAGUUAUUAGACGGCGGGGUAAAAGCACCGCGCGGCAGAAGCCAAGGAGAGGCCGCGGGACCCGCAGCCAUUUUUCUGCAGUGGAGCGAAAUGGCCAACUGGGCUUUUCCUUUGUUCCAUAAAGGGGGAUCCGCCAUGUGAAUCCACACCACGCGGGGUGGUGGGAGCCUCUAGCACGGUGCCAGACGACUCACUGAAGAAGGAGGAUUUAAAUAUAUAUAGAUAUAUCAAACCCUUAACCAAAAAAAAAAAAAAUGUAAUGCGGAUUUUUUUUUUUUCACCCUUAUGAUUCGGGAUCCAUCUUUGUCUUGUGUAACUAGGUCACGGCACACCCUAUGUCAGCAGUUAACAAUUUCGAAUGCCAACAAAAAAAGAGUAAAUACAUUCUUUUUAUAUUUUUUUCGUUGUUUUGGGGGUUUUUAAGCUUUAAGCAGCUCUGAUGACUGAACAAUAAAUUUGAGAGACUUCUCUCUUGUAUUAAACACUUGAUUCCUGGCCAUUUUUAUUAACUCCUUUGGUGCUUAAAAGGUAAUGUUUUAAAUAUAGGUAUAGGAAUAGUGAAUUCUGGCAAAAAAUAAGGCAAUUUUACUAUGAUAAGCUCUUUCUUUCCUCUUACAUUGUAAGUACCCAAUCCAUUCUGUCCUUACUAAGUGUAGUUUUCAUGUUAAUGUUACUGAAGUGGUCCUUAUUGCUAAGCCUUCAUUUGCAUGUCUUAUGUUUUUGUCUGUUUAAACCAAUUUAUGCUUUCUGAAAUAUUUUACUUAUAAAGCGAACUAUCUGGCUAAGAUAUUCUUAAAAGUUGUUUAGCACCAGUAAAUGUUAACUAGGUGUUUUCACACUGACAUGUGCAGCCUAAAACUAUUGAGGAGAAUAUUUUUAGUGUCUGCGUGCUCUGUGGAAAAACACCGAACGUCCUUUUUAUGUACAGAGUAAAUCUGCCACAGGAAGGUAGAUUUAAGCCUCGAGCAGGAGUCCUCGCCUGUGUACGGUCAGUCAACAUAGCUGGACUUUUUCUAUAGCUUUUUUUUUCCCCCUUUUUUCCUCUUUUUUUUGAUGCUAGACCACUGCCAUACAAAGAUCCGUAACUUAUCUUAACAAGAUCCGCUUUGGCUCGCAAACUUACGAGAGAAGUGGUGAUACAGAUCAUAUAUAUACUUAUAGCCAUUAUUUUAAAAAAGAGUAACAACUUCACCUUCAGAGCUGCAUUCAACUAUGGUGUGCGGGACGGCUGUUCCCGGUGGUAGAAUCCAUGAAGUGCUCCAGCUGGGAGAGGUCCUAACGCGUGUGCCUGGCGCUGCGUACGUGCAAACCAGGGCCAGAAAUUGCUGGGGCAGCAGGCGCUGGACAGCGAGCCUGCCGUGCCGCCCCAGUGAGUUGUGUGAGUCCUCAGCACUUCUGGAAGUUGUUUUUCAAUACGCGCCCUCUGUUUUUGAGAAGUACACAACGAGUGUGACGCUGGGGAAGAAGGAGGUCACCCUGAACCUCUACGACACCGCAGGGCAGGAGGACUACGAUCGGCUCCGGCCACUUUCUUACCAGAACACCAACGUCGUGUUAAUUUGUUACGAUGUCAUGAACCCCACUAGCUAUGAUAAUGUAGCAGCCAAGUGGUAUCCUGAAGUGAAUCACUUCUGCCGGGGCGUCCCGCUCGUGCUGAUCGGCUGCAAGACAGACCUUCGCAAGGACAAGGAGCAGCUGCGCAAGCUCAGGGCUGCCAGGCAGGAGCCCAUCACCUACAACCAGGGUGAGGCAGCUUGCAAGGAGAUUAAUGCACAAAUUUACCUGGAAUGCUCAGCAAAAUGUCGUGAGAACAUAGAAAAUGUUUUUAAAGAAGCCACAACCAUUGCACUGAGUGCCAUGAAGAAAGCCAAGGGCUACAGGAAACAGAAAGUGUGCUCAGUGUUAUGAUCUGGACUGCAUCAGAGCCAAGUGAUUCAGAUUUUAUAAAAGUUUCACUUUAAAAACAUUUUUUUAAACAUGUUUAUAUUCCUAGGAUAAUUUUUAUUUUAAAAUUUUAAUUAUUUUUAGCAUUUUUGCACUUUUGUUACACUGUUCUCAUGGAGUUUUCAAAGCUGUUUAUCACAGUUAACUCAUGCUGAGUGCCUUCACCCAUCUGGCUUUUGCUUCUAAGUGUGAACAACUCACUAUUCAAACUGCAAUGAACAGCAACUGCUACUAUAUAACUUAGUGUUGGGGUUUUUCUUCCUUUGCAAAAUAAUUGUGGCAUGUUAGAGCUACAAUUCAAUGCCUUUUUCCAGUAGAAAACUCACAUCUUUCAGAAGCAAUGUUAAAGCAGCUUAUCAGGCAGAAGAAGAGACAGAAGAAGUUUUGUAUUAACAUUUUCAAGUUAAUUUGCUUGGUGGCAAUGGCAGGAGUUGGCCUCAGGCUGCCCCCUGGGUGCAGAUGGAACAUCCACCACCCCCUGGAGCAGCUCUGCAGACCUGCACCUCAGAGUUCUUCAAGGCCUGCUGCUGGAAUGGAAAGUGGCAUUUGUCAGUGGAAAUACAUCAGUUGCUCCAAUUAAAUAAUGGAGUAUCAUGGGAAACAGUUAAUUUACAGCACUCAAAUUUAGAAGUACUCCAAGCAGCUACUACAUGUAAUGUUAAGUCAGUCUUAUGAUAAACAUUUAUGGCCUAUUUAAUACAAGACAGAUGCAAAUCAUGGUGCACGCUGGAGGAAAAAUUCAUUCACUUGUGAAAUCAUCUCUACUGGUAUAAAUUAAAAUGUUCCCUUUUGUGA